GGCCAGCGCUUUGGUCUGCUGGUCGCACACGCACAACGAACCAGCCAGCAGUAACGUAUUACGUUUCACACCCGUUCGUUCUGUCUAUCUAUCUGGUCGUAGCAGCGACAGACGGAGGCGGGCAGUCGAGUGUGGCGGUCAAGCAGCGAUCGGUAAAAGACGCGGAGUUCCGACGAAGGAAGCACAACAGUCAGUCACAACCAUCGUGGCGACGACGUGAAUGAUGUUGUGCGCAGCAGCAGCAGCGACGCUUAUCGCAGCAGCGGCAGCUGCAGGCGAGCUGCGUAGGCACCCGAACGAGAUAGUGCACCUCCCGGGGCACACGGUGACAGAGAAGUACGCGUCUCCCCUCCCCCACACGUACGUGAUGGCCGACGACCUCCCCGCCUCCUUCUCGUGGACCGACGUCGGGGGUAGAUCGUUCGUCACGAAGAACCUCAACCAGCACAUACCCAAGUACUGCGGCUCCUGCUGGGCCCAUGGAGCCCUUAGCAGCCUCGCCGACCGCAUCAAGAUCAUGCGUGGGGGGCACGGCAUAGACAUCAACCUCUCGAUCCAGGUUAUCCUCAACUGCGCCACCGAAGUAGCGGGGUCCUGUUACGGCGGCACCCACACGGGUACCUACGAGUACGCCUCCAACAACCCGGUUCCCUUCGAUACGUGCCAGAACUACCAGGCGGAGGAUAACACCUGCGACGCCAUCGGCAAGUGCAAAACCUGCUGGAGCUUCGACGAAGAGUGCGCGGCUGUGCAGAGCUACCCCAACGCCACCGUUGCCGAGUAUGGAACCGUCGUGGGAGAGGAGAACAUCAUGGCCGAGGUCUUCGCGAGGGGCCCCGUGGCCUGCGACAUCAACGCCUCCACGCUGCACGAGUACACGGGUGGCAUCGUCAACAUCCCGGAGCUCCCGGCAGGAACUGACCACGUCGUCGCCAUCGCCGGCUGGGGGGAGACGGAGGAAGGGGUGAAGUUCUGGAUCGUCCGCAACUCGUGGGGGGAGUACUGGGGAGAGGGCGGCUGGUUCCGCAUCAAGCGGGGAGAGAACCAGCUCCUCCUUGAGUCCAACUGCGGCUGGGCCGUGCCCGGGUCUUGGACCGAGCUCCACCCCCACCCCCACCCGCCCGGUCCGCCGGGGCCCCACCCUCACCGCAACGGCGCGCAGGAGCAGCAGCAGCAGCAGCAGCAGCAGCAGCAGCAGCAGCAGCGGCAGGAGAGGUUGAGAUCGCAAGGGGAGGAAGGGGCUCUGAUGAACUUGGGCGCCGAAGCCUUGCGUCGCCUGGGAAGGACUAGGCGCGGUGCCGAUGAAGCGGAGGCUUAAAGGGGAGACAUGUGCCGUUCUAGAACAUCGGUCCUGCCCAUCGAAGAACAGGUACCCAGCCAAGAGGCAUACACUAAAAACCUGUACUGGUAUAAGUCGCUGUUGGGGUGGAGUAGUGGACCCUAUUAAGUGGCGGUGUGUGUCGACAGUUUUUACCGACACUAUGCUACGGGGCCAACGGCACUAUUCAAAACCGGGGUAUUUUUUUUUUUUGCGGAGGGGUGCGGCGGCGGCGGCGGCGGGUGUUGCGGCGGGUUUGGUUGGCGGUGUAUGGUGGUUACCGUGGCGGCGAUAGUGGAACGUGUUGAUGGUGGUGGCGGUGACGAUGAUGCCACGAGGGAAGCUACAUACGGUGGAUCGAAUUUGGGGAGUAGGGAAUGAAGAAGAGUUAUUUUUCAGUUUCAUAAACCAUGCAGCUCAACCUCUCGCUUAGAACAGUGUAAGCAAACAACUUUUAUUCAGCAAAGCUCGGAAGGCCGGGUGCGAAGUUUGGCGCUUUCCUGAAGCAAACCUUACAUUAUGAUUUUGGAGAAUUUGAGAGGGUGCGUACCGCAUAGCCGUGAAUGAUUCCAAUUGUUUGUAUGCUGUUGUGACUUCAGUGUUCGUGAAGAAAGCUUGUCUGCCGCAGCCAGCCAGCUGCUUGACCGAAGCGCCAGCCUUGAAGGUGACCCUCAAUUUUUUUCCAGAGUUGGAACCUAUGUUUGGAGGGAGGCGGUGGAAGUUCGUUUGUAUUACCUAUUUAUUCUGUUUUGUGUUGUGAUGGAAAAGGUUGUGUAGAUGCUACUGAUGCCACCCUCCCCCCUGUUAGUGAGCGUAUGAAAGGAGGGCGGGAGAAAUGCGGGGUUAGGGAGAGACGUCUCGCGAGCAUGUAGUAGAAGUUUUCACUUGCGAAAUGACUGUCCCGCCACCGGACUGCGUUGUAGCAUGUAUAACCCUUGGGGAGAGGCGCGCGGUGAUGCUUGUGGGAUGCACACGCAUCCAAUGUAAUUACGUCGCGUUGGUGUAAGUAAUUGUGCAUGAGGGACCCACUAGUAUGUAGACCUCGCCAAGGUUGGACCGAUGUCAUCGAAUACGCCGCAUCCAUCGAAAAGGGGUGACAGGAGAGAUUGACAAGAAUACAAUCUUCGUGCCCUCCGUUUAUUUUUUGCCUCCGACGGUGUCUGCGAAGUGGCUAUGUGCGGUACUUCCGUACAAGUGCGAAGUAGCUGUAUUUACUGUCAUUUAGUACGAGAGCUUGGGACUAAAACGCUGACGAUAUAUUGGUCGGCUUGCUCUUAGGCAAAGCAGCAAAAGGGGCCUCUUCCGGAUGACACACCCCUCUCUCCCAGCCCGAAAGGGCGAGAGCUUAUCAUGUUGCCAAGAACGGGCCUAUCACGAAGAGGAUGCAGCGC